CGCAAGUAUUUGUACACCGUACCCCGUACUGUGUAUGCAGUUCCACAGCUGCCGACAACUUACCGGAGUAAUUUCCUUGUUUCCACCUCUGCUUGCAGUGUCCUUCUUUGAGCUACUUGGAUGCUGGAGAACUUGAAGGGGAUAACAUCACCUCAGGUGGCCUCUCAGUGCGUGCUCCAGGCAUAUGCAACUGGAAAUGUGCAGCUUGUCAACGGGACAGACGCAGGCAAACUCUCGCAGUUUCGCGCGCAUUUCGUGAGCACGAAUCAAGAUAAAGGUUGCAGCUUCGCAGCCUACGUACCCUCCGAAGAGGACACGCCGUUGCAGAGGGCCGAGUGGAUCAAAUACCUGGGAACGUUCAUGAACUCCGAAGACAGGGCCAAUGCAGUACAUAAUGCAGUUAAGACCAGUAAAUGCGACUGAAUUUGCAUGUGGUGAUCAGCCAAGAAAAUUGUGUUUAUGCACUCAGUAAUACUACUAUGUGUGUAGCAUUUUUCUAACUGUACAAUAGCACUCACUCCUCUACUGUCACAUAAUAGAUUACCCUUGAAUUCAUCUAGUUUGGAUCAAAACAAAAC